AUGUCAGAAACCGUACCCUCGAUUACGCCCCUGCUCGCUCGGGCUUUGCACCGGAUACGUUCCACACCGCCCCGCAUUAUCGCCUCGCCCGCGACUCAACCGCGCCGUGCAGCAGUUGCCCUGAUCGUCCGCGUUGUCCCGUCUCCUCACUCAGGACCGAUAACAACCCCAUCGGCACCUCCUUCCUUAAACGAAUUCUUCGACCUUGACUGGGUGAGGGACCCAGGCGCACGACCAGAAAUUUUGUUCUUGCGUCGUGAGAAGCCCUCCAACGACGAAGCUGCAAAUAGGCCGGGUAGAAAUGGCGAAGCGCACGUUGCAUUCCCAGGGGGCCGCAUGGAGGACGGAGACGAAGGUGGACUCUACACAGCUAUGAGGCAAACGUGGGAAGAGAUAGGCUUGGAUCUCGCUGAGCGAGAUUACACCUGCAUUGGUCAGUUGGACGAUCGGGAGAUAACAACCUCCCUGGGCAAGCGUCUGCUCAUGAUCCUGUCGCCGUUCGUAUUCUUGCAACUUACACCAGUUACUCGCGAGACAGACCCGGCGCCUGGAACCACUUUACACUGGGUUCCCUUCUCUUCCCUCGUUUCCUUCAAUGGACAGCCAGCGGCUUCCUGGUCGUACGUGACCGUAGAUGCCGCUUCGCGUCUCGCCUCCCGUCAUGCAACCCUGCUGCGCCUCCUAGUCCGGUGGCUGGUUGGCAGUAUGCAAUACCCCGCUAUCAUCCUGGAUACCAACUCGUCUCUGCCUACGCCGGCACCUACGCCUGCCAACGAAAAGGACUGGGAUCGCAGCAGAGCGAUGCUUGAAUCAGGCAAAGCAAAAUUGGAUAGCAGGAGUUCUCGCUGUUCCGAGGAGCUCAAGCUUUGGGGACUGAGUCUCGGCAUGACGUUGGACCUCAUGUCUUACAUGACGAGCCCAUCCGCUUUCGCCAGUGCGCUGCCCUUCGACGCGGACGCCGUCAACGUCAUGGGCAUCAGCAUGGGUGCUGGUUUGGCCCCGCCUAGUCUCACGAGUGUGUUCCCUCGAUUCUCCUACCCUGAUGUCAAUUUCUGGAUAUGGAUGUUCGGUAAGCGUUACCGCGAGGUAAUCCGUGGUUGGGAGGCCAGCGUCCGAACGGGAGGGAUGAAUGAUCGCCGGAUCAACUGGAGCGGCUCAGCACUUAACACGUUCUACGCUGCUGUGCGAAAAGCGCUCGUGGUUGUCAUCGUCGCGCGCGCUCUCGGGCUGAUCUUCGGGAUAGCCUUCGCAGGAUGGUAUCUUUUCUUCCGGUGA